GUAAUCGUUUAAUUUAAGAGGAGAGCAACGAUUUAAUUAUUUCCUUUUACACACAGACCGAAAAGAAGAAUCUCUUGAAAGCCUGGCAGGAUGAAUCCCAUGACGCAGCUUUACUACAAGAAGGCGACAUAUUCGCCAUACCGCGACCGCAUCCCGCUUCAGAUCGUCAGGGCUGAGGUGGAGCUGUCAGCUGAGGAGCGAGCCUACCUCACUGCUGUAGAGAAAGGUGACUAUGCAGGAGUCAAACAUGCCCUCCAAGAGGCGGAGGUCUACUACAAUAUGGACGUGAACUGUCUGGACCCGCUGGGCCGGAGCGCGCUUCUCAUUGCCAUUGAGAACGAGAACCUGGAGAUUAUGGAGCUCCUGCUUGAUCACGGCAUCCACACAGGUGACGCCUUGCUGUACGCCAUCAGGAAGGAGGUGGUGGGCGCCGUGGAGCUGCUGUUGUCACACAGAAGACCCAGUGGCGAAAAGCAGGUUCCUUCUCUGAUGAUGGACAGUCAGUUUUCAGAGUUCACACCAGACAUAACUCCCAUCAUGCUCGCUGCUCACACCAACAACUAUGAGAUCAUCAAGCUGCUGGUCCAGCGGAAGGUCACCAUCCCAAGACCACACCAGAUACGAUGUGACUGUGUUGAGUGUGUUUCCAGUUCAGAGGUCGACAGCCUUCGACAUUCACGGUCUCGGCUCAACAUCUAUAAAGCUCUGGCCUCGCCCUCCCUUAUCGCGCUGUCCAGUGAAGAUCCCAUCCUCACUGCCUUCAGAUUGGGCUGGGAACUCAAAGAACUAAGCAAGGUGGAGAAUGAGUUUCGUCAGGAGUAUGAGGAGCUGUCUCAGCAGUGCAAACGCUUCGCCAAGGACCUUCUGGAUCAGGCCAGGAGUUCAAGAGAGCUGGAGACCAUCCUGAACCACAGAGACAACGACCAGAGUGAGGAACUGGAUUUGAGACAGUGCCACGACCUGGCCAAGCUCAAGCUCGCCAUCAAAUACCACCAAAAGGAGUUUGUGGCGCAGCCGAACUGCCAGCAGCUGCUGGCCACGCUGUGGUACGACGGCUUCCCGGGCUGGAGGAGACGACACUGGGCUGUCAAACUGGUCACGUGCUUCAUCAUCGGACUGUUGUUCCCUGUCUUCUCACUGAUCUACCUGUUGGCUCCAAAGAGUGCUCUGGGAAGCUUCAUCAAGAAGCCCUUCAUCAAGUUCAUCUGUCACACAGCGUCUUACCUGACCUUCCUCUUCCUCCUGCUGCUGGCCUCGCAGCACAUCGCCCGCACCAACUUACACAUGCAGGGACCCCCACCCACCGUCGUGGAGUGGAUGAUUCUUCCGUGGGUGCUGGGCUUCAUCUGGGCAGAGAUCAAGGAGAUGUGGGAUGGAGGAUUCACAGAGUACAUCCACGACUGGUGGAACCUGAUGGACUUUGCCAUGAACUCCCUCUACCUGGCCACCAUAUCACUGAAGAUAGUGGCCUAUGUCAAGUAUAACUCUUCUCGGCCCAGGGAGGAGUGGGAGAUGUGGCAUCCGACGCUGAUAGCUGAGGCUCUGUUCGCCAUCGCCAACAUCUUCAGCUCACUCAGACUCAUCUCCCUCUUCACCGCCAACUCCCACCUCGGGCCACUGCAGAUCUCACUGGGGAGGAUGCUGUUGGACAUCCUUAAGUUUCUCUUCAUUUACUGUCUGGUACUGUUAGCAUUUGCUAAUGGACUGAACCAGCUCUAUUUCUACUAUGAAACCAAGGCGUCAGAAGAGCCAAGCAACUGCAAAGGCAUCCGCUGUGAACGGCAGAACAACGCUUUCUCCACGUUAUUUGAAACUCUUCAGUCUCUCUUCUGGUCCAUAUUUGGGCUGAUAAACUUGUACGUCACCAAUGUGAAGGCUCGCCAUGAGUUCACAGAGUUCGUCGGGGCGACCAUGUUUGGGACGUACAACGUCAUUUCGCUGGUGGUUCUGCUCAACAUGCUGAUCGCCAUGAUGAACAACUCCUACCAACUCAUUGCUGACCAUGCUGACAUUGAGUGGAAGUUUGCCCGCACCAAGCUGUGGAUGAGCUACUUUGACGAGGGUGGCACGCUGCCACCCCCUUUCAACAUCAUCCCCAGCCCCAAGUCCGUGUGGUACCUGCUCAUGUGGCUCCACAACAAGCUGUGCAGGAGAGGCCAGCCACUCGGGGAGACAUCGCACAAGUGUGAAAACCUUAGAGAGUUCACAGAGCGCCAUGCUGACAGCCUCAUUCAGAAUCAGCAUUACCAGGAAGUGAUUCGGAACCUGGUGAAGAGAUACGUGGCCGCCAUGAUUCGCAGUGCCAAAACAGACGAAGGAUUGACAGAAGAAAACUUUAAGGAGUUGAAACAAGACAUCUCCAGUUUUCGCUAUGAGGUUCUGGAUCUCCUUGGCAACCGGCGUCCUCCACGACGACACUACUCCUCAUCCAGUGAGACAACAAAAGACGAUGGCGCUGUGGCAUCGGAGGAUGAUAGUGAAUCAGGUGAUGGCAGUGGAGGUGUAGUUGGAGUCCAGAAGUCAAAGAGCGUCACUUUUACCAACCCAGUGGAAGAUGACGGAAGGCCAGCGCCGACCCUUGGAGUGUCGGCGCUGGUGCGCUCCAUUUCUGGAAUGACGCAAAUAGACAGAGCAGAUCAGGGCGAUGAAUGGGUUGAAGAGGAGGAGGAAGAGGAUGGCAAACCAAAGAGCAAUGGUCUGAAAACAACCGUUAUUAAUCCGUCCUCCACCACUGCCCUCGCUUCACCAUCUUCAUCGCUCUCCUCUUCAUUCUCCUCAUCCCUCGCUCGCACAAGGAGCCGCCUGCAGCGCCUCUCAGCUCCCAGCGCCAAGACAGACUCUUUCAAACGCCUCUCUUAUCUGUUCUCUCGCUCCAAGCGCAAAGCCCCACCCACGCCACUCCCCCUCCAAUCCCCACCCUCCUACACCAUCUCAGAUGGGUUGCUCCGCCCCCUGGGGAGCCACAGCCACUCCGACUAUGGACUCAGCGACGUGACCCGAAGUGACACUCACCUGAAUGAGAUGGGCUGCUCCGUUGACAACCCGUCGUUCUUGCCACGAAGAACAAAUGGGCGGGACUCACUGCUGACGCUGCCCCUCCCACCUCCGUGCCCCUGCCAAUCCCUGCACUGUGCUUCCAACAUCUCGGAGUCCAGCUCACGCCUCCUGGACUCCAGCGAGGAUGUUUUCCAGAGUGAAGGCGUAGAGAGGGCGAGCGAAAGCAGUGUGGAUGCAGGAAGGGGAGGAGUAGGCGGGAUGAUGAUGAUGGGCGGGUGGGUGGGACCCUGUGAUGAUGUGUUAGAGGACAGUUGCGAGGUCAUAGAGGACUCCGUCACCACGCAGCUAUAG